AAGAGGGGUGGGGGGAAGCCGCAGGAAUGCGUGGCGGCGCAGGCGGCGAGCGGCGGAACAUGUAAGGGCACAUCCCGGGAGCUGCAGCCCAGCGCGCAGACGGAGUUCAGGGGAGCUGCAGGCGGGCGUGCGGGCCAGUAGGCGCGGGGCACCGGCAGCUGCGCGCGAGGCGCGGUUCGAGCGAGGCGGGCUGAGGCGGACGACUGGCGAGGGUCGCGCGGGGGGCACCGGAACGCUCUGCCCAGGCAGCGGUGUCCACGCGGACGGGCUCACCGGGCAGUCGGGGCGCAGGUGGGCAGGGCGCGCGGCCACGGGCGCCAGAAUCCGGCGCCGGAGAGCCGGAAGGGGCGCCGCGUCCGCCGCAGCCUCUUCGCUUGCUCGGGACCUCGGUCGCCCAUGACGGCGGCGGCAACCGUGCUCAAGGAGGGCGUGCUGGAGAAGCGCAGCGGAGGGCUGCUGCAGCUGUGGAAGCGCAAGCGCUGCGUGCUCACGGAGCGCGGGCUGCAGCUCUUCGAGGCCAAGGGCACGGGCGGCCGGCCCAAGGAGCUCAGCUUUGCCCGUAUAAAAGCCGUGGAGUGCGUGGAGAGCACAGGGCGCCACAUCUACUUCACGCUGGUGACCGAGGGCGGCGGUGAGAUCGACUUCCGCUGCCCUCUUGAAGACCCUGGCUGGAACGCCCAGAUCACCCUGGGCCUGGUCAAGUUCAAGAACCAACAGGCCAUCCAGACAGUGAGAGCUCGGCAGAGCCUCGGGACCGGAACCCUCGUGUCCUAAAACAACACGCUGCCAUCUUCCUGUCAUGCCCCCUGCCUCUGUGGUAUCCAGAGUUUAUGCCAGCUGCCCUGCACCCCUACACUGGUGGGGGGCAUGACUGUGCUCCAUGUGUCAAGGCAGAAGCCGUGGACAUAUGGAGGAGGCAUCGGAGCUGAAGGAGUGGACGGGCCGGGGAAGGAGGGCAGAAGGCUGUGUGGAGCUGAGGAUGAAGAUUCAGCUCCUAGACGUACUAUCAGGACAUACUCAGCUCAGAGCCUUCUAGCCACAGGCCUGGCCCACCCGUAUCACAAUGUGAUCUGGCAUCAACUCCUCUGCCUGCUGUGGCCCUUCCAUCAGUUCUGCAGACUGCUGUUAGCCCCUGGCCUUGUUCCAUGGCUGGAGGAGGGUAGACCCCCAUGGGGUGCUAAGUAGACACCUCAGGACUCAAGAGGCCAGCUUGGUAUCCAGAAGAUGCAUCACCUUGGGACAGCCUUGGACUCACCUCAAGGAGAGGGAGCUGCCGGGCCUGAGGCUCACACCUGGGGGUCUCCUGCUGCUUAGAUCCUUUUGAGACCCCCACCAUCCAAGCCCUCUCUUUGCACACUUCUUCUCCCACCUCUACCCAUGUUCCCCCCCUGUGGUGCUGGGCCUGGAGGGGGUGCGGGUGAGGUUUGGCCAUUACCAUUUCAUGCCUAUUCCAGAAUGAAGAUGCCCUGCAAAGGGCAGUAACCACA